AUGGAAGUCAAAACAACAGAUUCUGGAACCUCCAAAAGCUCCAAGAGCCAUAUUUAUGGUGACAGCCAUGCGCCUGUCACGUCCAUUCUCCGGGAUGGCGACGUGCCAUAUACGGAUCAUGAGAUGGAUGCCGAUGAGCGGGUGAUUAUGGCCCUGGGUUAUAAACAGGAAUUCAAACGUGAAUUCUCCUUGUGGACGACCUUCUGUGUCAGUUUUGCAGUGCUCGGUCUUUUGCCGUCCUUUGCGAGUACUCUCUACUAUGGAAUGGGAUAUGCUGGUACCGCGGGUAUGGUCUGGGGUUGGAUUAUUGCCAUGAUUCCCAUUCAAUGUAUUGCAAUGGCAAUGGCUGAGCUGUGCUCCGCGAUGCCUACCAGUGGAGGUCUCUAUUACGCCGCCGCCGUACUCGCGCCUCCAGGAUAUGGUCCGCUAGCUGCUUGGUUGACAGGUUGGUCCAACUGGAUUGGACAAAUCACUGGCGCACCAUCCGUGGAUUACGCUCUAUCAGCAAUGAUCCUAGCCGCCGUUUCGAUCACCAACCCAAGCUACGUCCCAACGAACUGGCAGAUCUUCCUCCUGACAACACUCAUCAUCAUCAUACACUCGGUAAUUAGCAGUCUUCCGACCAAGCGCGUCGCCCAAUUCAACUCCUACGGCUCGACAUUCAACAUCAUCGCACUCGUCGCAACCCUCAUCGUCAUCCCAGCUGCAACAACCAACAAACCCAAAUUCAAUCCCUCCCACGAAGUCUGGAACACAAUCACCAACCAAACAGACUACCCAAAUGGAAUCGCCGUGCUCAUGACUUUUGUCGAAGAGUGCUCCAACGCAAGUGUCGCCUCGCCUCGCGCAAUCGUCAUGACAUCCGGCGUCGGCGGCGUAAUGGGCUGGUUCCUCCAGCUCGUCGUCGCAUACACAGUCACCGAUAUCAGCGCCGUCAUUGACUCCGACCUCGGUCAGCCCUGGGCUUCAUACCUCCUCCAGGUCCUUUCUCAAAAAGCCGCGCUGGGCAUUCUCGGUCUGACUAUUAUCUGUGGGUUUUCCAUGGGUCAGGGAUGUAUGGUUGCUGCGUCGCGAGUCACGUACGCUUAUGCGCGUGACGACUGCUUCCCGUACUCGAGAAUCUGGAAGAAGGUCAAUAAGACUACCUCCACCCCUGUCAACGCAGUCAUCUUGAAUGGCGUCCUGGGUGUUUUCAUGUGUCUGCUCAUUCUGGCCGGAACAACCGCUAUCGGCGCUCUGUUCUCUAUUGGCGCCAUCGCUCAAUUCGUGGCCUUCGCCAUCCCCAUCGCGAUCCGUGUAUUCUUCGUCGGAGACCGCUUCCGUCGGGGUCCUUGGCACUUGGGUGCGCUCAGUCCUUGGAUCGGAGGAGUCGGCGUUUUGUUUGUUCUUCUCAUGGUCCCAAUCUUGUGUCUGCCCAGUGUUACCAAGGGUGAUUUGACCCCGGAUCUGAUGAACUGGACUUGUCUUGUUUGGGGUGGCCCGAUGCUUGCUGUGACGAUUUGGUGGAUUGUUGAUGCUCGGAAGUGGUUUACGGGUCCGGUUGUCAAUGUGAUGCAUGCCAUCCAUGCGGUUCCUGUUGACGGGAUCGAGCCUGAGGAACACAGGGAUACGGAGCAGGAGACUGUUUCAAGUAAGGCGACGGAUGUAUAG